GCCUCCAUAAAAAUCAACCAAUCAUACAACAUUUCGUGUAGCUUUUUUUUUCUUAUAAAGCAAGAUAAAAACUUUGAUUUCGUGUCAUUUCUUAUUCAAUUUCAAAAAGUCAAGAAUUAAAGUUAAACAAUAUUUCAUAUUGAUCCUGUCUAGUAAUGCUAUAUUCAAAGAUUUUCGGCGUUUUUCUUCUGAUUAAUUUCACUUUAGCUCUUUAUGAUUCAAAUGACGAUGUCGUUCAGUUAACAUCAGCAAACUUUGAUAAGCUUGUGACUUCAAGUGAUAAUGUUUGGAUUGUCGAAUUUUUCGCACCGUGGUGUGGCCACUGCAAAAAUCUUGUACCUGAAUACAAAAAACUUGCAAGAGCACUUAAAGGUGUAGUUAAGGUUGGAUCCGUUGACUGCGACGACCAUAAAGAUUUGGCCGGAAAAUUCGGAGUAAGUGGCUUUCCUUCAAUUAAAAUAUUUAUUGGUAAAGAUCAUAGCCCCUAUAAUGGAGAAAGAACUGCCAAAGCUAUGGCUGAAGCAGGAUUAGCACAAGUUAAGAAAAAAGUGAAAGCACAACUCGAAGGAAGCUCAUCAUCAAAUGGAAAGAGUAAAAGUUCCGGUGAUGAUGUCAUUGAAUUAACAGAUUUUAAUUUUGAUAAAUUGGUGAUGCAAUCGGAUGACGUUUGGCUUGUUGAACUUUUUGCACCAUGGUGUGGGCACUGCAAAAAUCUUGCACCUGAAUGGGCAAAAGCCGCUUCUGAACUUAAAGGAAAAGUUAAACUAGGGGCACUAGAUGCAACAAUACAUACAUCUAUCGCCUCAAAAUAUCAAGUGCAAGGUUAUCCAACAAUUAAAUUCUUCCCUGGUGGCAAAAAAGACUCAUCUUCAGUUCAAGACUAUGAUGGUGGUCGAACAGCAUCUGAUAUAGUAACAUGGGCAAAUGAAAAGUAUGUUGUAAAUAUUCCCGCUCCAGAUGUCAAUGAAUUGAUCUCAGAAGAAGUCGCAAAGUCAACAUGUGAAAGUUUACCACUCUGUGUGGUCGCUAUCUUACCAAAUAUUUACGACUGCAAAUCCGAAUGCCGCAAUAGCUUUUUAAAUAUCCUUAAAGAAAUGGCAACUAAAUAUAAGCAGAAGAUGUGGGGUUGGCUGUGGGCAGAGGCUGGUUCACAACUGGCUGUUGAGGAAGCACUUGAUAUCGGUGGAUUCGGUUACCCUGCUUUAGCUGCUGUUAAUAUUAAAAAAAGCAAAUUCUCAUUACUAAGGGGUUCUUUCUCUAAAGAAGGCAUCAAUGAAUUCUUGCGUGAUUUGGCAUACGGAAGAGGUUCUAUUCUUCCCCUCAAGGGAACUGAUUUACCGAAAAUUCAUAAACUCAAAAAGUGGGAUGGUAAAGAUGCUGAACCAAUCGUAGAAGAAGAUAUUGAUUUAUCUGAUGUAGUUCUCGACGACAAAGACGAACUUUAGUUUUAAAGAAUUCCUUUGAAUUGAAAACAAUGCUGCAUCAUUAUCUUAAGUCUGUAUUUUUACAAUCGUAUUUUUUUCUUCUCUUAUAAGUAACAAAAAUUAGACGUCGAUUGAAUUCCAUUAGGGUUAAAUAAAAUUAACCAAUUAAAAAAAUAUUAGUUUUAUUUCAUGAAAUUUUAAACUAAAUUUAGUUACAUAAAUAAAUGAAAUGAAAUUUUAACUCAUUAAAUAAAAUGAUAUUCAAGAAAUAUAUUUUAAUGAGUAAAAAUUUCUUCUCAAAUUACUUAUAUAAUUUUGUAUAAAAAUUAUUACACAUAAUUUAAUUCUUCACUUCUUAUAUCCUAGAUGAUUGUCAUAUUUUACUUUAUUUUUAACACGAAGUAAAUAUCUAAGUAAUCGAGAAAUAUUUAUUAAGAAUAAUCUUAAGAACUCUUAAUAAGCCUUAUAAAUUUUAUGAAAAUUCUCACUAUAGAUUGUUGAGUUCCUUCACUAUAAAUGAUGUAUCAUACAAGCUAAAGACGCCGUUUUUGUUAGUAACGAAAUAGGUAGGCAUAUUAUCAGUGAAGUUUAGAAACUCGGUUCCAAAUGCUUCAAGUCUCCAAAUUAAAUUUUCAUACAUCAUGCUCAUUACUAUAAGACGCAUUGGUAGAUUUGGUUACUGAAGAAGCCGAUUCAUAUUCAAAUUCUCUGGAAUGUGUGGGCGUAACGGACGAGCGACUCAUAACAUCAUAUUUCGAUUCUUUUGAGCAAAUGAAAGGGUAAAACUGAAUAAAGUAGUAUCCGGCAAAUCCAAGGCUCAUUAUGAGUGUUAAUACAAAUAUAAUUUGAAGCGUUGAUAUGUUUCUUGCAGAUUUUGUUUUAACAGAAUUUUCUUUAUACUUUGUAACUGAAUUAAAACGCUCAUAUUCAUUUCCUAAACCUGUAAGUGCGUAAGGACUUCUAAAGUUUGAAGAUUCUCGAAUAUAUGUUUUUUGAGCUGUAUUAGAUCCAAAUCGUCCCCCAACGCCAGCAUGAGUUGUUGAUAGAGUUAUCAAAAGUAAUGAUAAAAUUAUUGUGUUCAUUUCAUAUAGACGUAUAUUAUACACUUUAAACUUAAGAAAAAUGUGGAAAAAAUAUUACUUGACACCAAA